AUGGUUUUUCCGGUGAACAGGAGUAGCUGCGAUCUGUUCUCCGGCGAGUGGGUACGAGACGAGACGUACCCACUUUACAAUGCGGAAGAAUGCGGCGGAGGAAUGAUAGAUCCGGGAUUCGAUUGUCAGACUUACGGCAGACCUGACUCCGACUAUCUCAAGUUCCGGUGGAAACCAUUUAACUGCGACGUCCCUAGAUUCAAUGGGGUGAAAUUUCUACAAGAAAUGAGGAACAAAACAAUAAUGUUCGUCGGUGAUUCGUUGGGUAGAAACCAGUGGGAGUCGUUGAUGUGUAUGAUCUCUGCAUCUGCACCGUUCAUUCAUACUCAUAUCAUUCAUGAAGAUCCUCUCUCUACCUUCAAGAUCCUUGACUACAAUGUGAAGGUAUCAUUCUAUAGAGCUCCUUAUCUUGUUGAUAUAGACAACAUUCACGGAAAGACAACUCUUAAACUCGACGAAAUCUCUGUCGAUGCAUCCAACGCUUGGCGCGCGGCUGACGUUUUGUUGUUUAACACUGGUCACUGGUGGAGCCACGCAGGUUCCUUACGAGGGUGGGAGCAGAUGGAGACAGGAGGGAGGUAUUACGGAGACAUGGAUAGGUUGGUGGCUUUGAAAAAAGGACUAAGAACAUGGUCUAAUUGGGUCCUUCGUUAUAUCAACUCUCCUCUCACUAGAGUUUUCUUCCUCUCCGUCUCACCCACACACUACAAUCCAAAUGAAUGGACUUCAAGAGCAAAAGCUUCAACGACAACUCAAGGUGCUAAAAACUGCUACGGCCAUACGACACCCUUUAGUGGAACAACGUAUCCAACAAGCUCAUACGUAAACCAGAAGAAAGUGAUUGACGAAGUUGUGAAAGAAAUGAAGUUUCAUGUCUCAUUGAUGGAUAUAUCUAUGCUCUCUGCUCUUCGUAUCGAUGGUCAUCCUUCGAUCUAUAGCGGAGAUCUCAAUCCUUCUCUAAAGAGAAAUCCCGACCGUUCAUCUGAUUGUAGCCAUUGGUGUCUUCCUGGUCUCCCUGAUACUUGGAACCAAUUAUUCUAUGCUGCUUUGUUGUUUUAA